UGUCUCCUCCUCUCUCCUCUCAGUGGUGGUGGAUGGAUUCAAAUUCCAAGGAGAUUUCUCAAAUAACCACCACCACCACCACCACUAGUCAAUCAGAGAAGAAGAAGAGUCCGUGUUAUCACAUAGUAGUAUUAGUAAUAAGUUGCAUCUUCUUCACUUUCUUAUUCUCUCUACUUGCUUUCUUCUUCCUCUUCACUGCUGGUUUUGUGUCUAUUUUGAUUCAUAAUUUCUCAAUUCCAACAACAACAGCUACUUCUUCACUCUCAGCUCAAUGCAAGAUUGUGUCUUCAGGUGUGCAUCUUAGGUCAGCCAAGGUGUGUGAAUUAGGACUGCUGAAUUAUAAAGCCAAGUAUGUGUUUGACCCUCUUGACAAAACAAUAUUUCAUUGCCGUUACGUUUAUUAUUGGGCUACUAUCUUCAAGAUUGAGUACAGGCAAUAUUCUUCAGGUCAAAUACGAAGUGCGAUGGUGGAAGCGCCAAAGGAGGCCCUAUCUCUUGAUUGUAGGCCUUGUUUUGGUACGACAUGGGUGACCAAGGACAAGUUCAGGGUAAACGAAACAUACAACUGUAAGUACACCCGGCAUUCCCGAUUGUGGAUAUCUUUCCUGACAAUCUCUUCAACUGUCAAGCUAAAGACCCCUCCAAGAUUGACAUAAUUCGAGAAUAUUCUUCGCUGUGACUGAACUACAACCCUUUUGGUCGGUAUCUUUCUUAACAUUGCAAAGGCACUUGAUGCUAAAGGGAAAACUUUCAUUUAAUUUUAAUGGUCAUUGGAAUAGAUUCUUUAUCUUGUAUUGACCAAUCAUUGGUUACCCCUGCUGCAACAGCUUAAUGAAGAUCAUAGGUUUCUGGUGCACCACCAGCAAGGGGACCACUGAGUUUGUAAUUCGAGAAUCAGCAGUAUCUAGAAUUGUCACUGGAAUGGGUACUUCACUAGAUGUACUCAUUCUGGUUAGAGUGCUCCGGAGAUCGAAGUCAAGUUUGGCUUGAAAUCUCAAUCUUUCUGUGUACAGGGUAUAUUUGAAACGAGCUUGUUGUCUUUUUGUACACUUCUGGUGUGUGGGUUGGUUGACCAUUCAGUACAGUAAAAUGCUUGGCCUCCCUUAUCUCUUCGGCAGCUCUUAAUUCAAAUGGGAAAAUACAGUCUUUUGUAAAUUUGCCCCACGUUCUUUAGUUAUGUGGUAUACCAUGUUGCAGCAUUUGGUAAUGCACGGGGCAUGCUUUUAAUUCAUAGAAUUGUUUCAGGUGCAGACGAUGUAACUGGGUUAUGUUGAAUUCUACAGCUCAUCUUCGGAAUGGGCAGUUGGAAUGCGCAACAGCGCAAGUUUGACAUCAGAAGGGUUUUGGAAAUGUCAGACCUUUUCUGGGACUCAGUUAAGCUCAAAUUUGUUGCACUCUCCACUUUCGGACAUGAGCCCUAAAAUCAGGUAUGUGGCUAUAAACUUGAAUGCCGAUUAUUUUGCAAGUUAAAUUGAUCAUCACAGGAGUAAAACAAACAUGAAAACAUCUAGCGCUUGACCCAAGGAAUGUCAUAGUAUUAUAAGAUUGUUUUACGAACGUACACAAACAGCAACACAAAACCAAGUACUGUAUAAAAUCUCUAAAAAUUCUUUUGUUUUGCGAAACAAACAUGUAUGUACUCUAGUUGGACUCAUAACAUUAACAGCAAGAGUCUCGAGGCAUUCACUCCAUAUGAAUCACUUUUUCUGCAGUAAUUGGCUUCAUACUGACAAAUGCUGCUAGUAUCUUUCCCAAAAUGACAAGUUUUUUUUGUUUUGUUUUUGUUUGUAAUGAGUUUGCUAGUUGCUACUAUUACUUUUGCAGCUAUACCUUGUUUGAAAUUUAACAGGGUUCAUGCCUUUCUUUCGACUGCAUUGUAUCUGUCCAUACAAAUGCUUCUAAGGUUCAAUGAUUUCAGUCGCAGACCUGUUAACUGGUUUGUGCUAAAUUUGACUACAAAUCAUGGCAAAUGAAAUAUUUCAGGUCAGGUUUUUUAGUAAGGGUGCCUGGCCUCCUUGAUCUCUUUGGCAGUUCUUAGUUCAAAUGGGAAAUACAGUCUUUUGUAAAUUUUCCCCAUGUUUAAUUAUAUAAUAUACCAUGUAGCAGCAUUUUGUAAUGCACAGGGCAUACUUAUUAUAAUUGGUAUUGGCAAAAAUAUAAAUGUUAACAAACCCAUUAUAUGGUUAAUGAAUAAAAUCUUAAGAGUAUCCAUAGUAUAUGUCCUUAUAUUUUCGGUACACAUUCAAGUUCCAUGGAUUUAUUGCUCAAUUUUUCUAGGAUGAUUUCUCAGAUACUGUUCAGAUUUUGCAUCUACAAAAGCUUCAGAUGUUAAAGUUUUUAGUCGCAUAUCAUAACUGUUAUGUUGAAUUCUACAGUCAAUCUUUGGAAAUGAAAUUUCUGUAGUUCAAUUUUUUACUCGAACGCGCAAGUUUAGGAGCAAAAGGGUUUUGGAAAUGUCAAACCUUCUCUGGGGCUCAAUUAAGUUCAGAUUUAUUUCGCUCUCCACUUUCAAACAUGAACCCUUAAAUCAGGCUCACAGCGGCUGACGUUGCUAGUGGAGAGAUUCUGUUAAAUCUUGUACAAGGAGGUCUUAUGAUUGCUGACCUUCAUGGAGAAGGCAUCCAUGUACCCCCAGGAUUUGAAAGAAUCAACUUUUGUUUCCUCCAUAACGGUGGUAAUGGCUAUCAUGUCGCUUUGAAACCUGUCCCAGGUGGUAAUGGUUAUAUUUUAGAAGCUGAAAGUCUAAUCAGGGGAUUAAACCUAACAGCUGGAAAUGUGAUUCACCUCAGUCAUAGGGUUGGACAUGGAAAUUCCUUCACUUUUUAUAUUAGAAGUGUGUAGAAAAUAACAACAAACUUGUGCACAAGAAAAAUGCUAUUUUUUCUGUCAUUAAUUAUCAAGGUAGGUGGUUCAAAAAAAAAAUCAAGGUAGGUUGAAUAAAUACUAGUGCACGUAGUAGGGUCUUUGAUGCAGUUUGGAAUAAUACCCCGCCUAUGGAGAUAGGAGCUAGAGUGUCUAAAAAAGACCAGAUUUUUUAAGCUCUAUUUUUUUGUUUCCAAACAAGCUUAAUAAAAUAAAUUCUAGUGUCAGUUUUAUUUCCAAGUCUAAGUAGAGAUGUCGAAUUAUUAUUAUUAUUUUUUCAAUAAUAAAAAAAAUGACGCCACCAAGGGCUAAAAUUGAAAAGCAAACAAAGGAUAUCUCUAUAACAAGUCUUAAGUAGAGAUGUUGAAUUAUUAUUAUUAUUAUUAUUAUUUUAAUGAAAAUCAAGAUUAUUAUUUUUUAUUAUGUAUAUCUCUAUAACAUAUGACAUGUGUGGAGUAUCAGAUAAAGGGAUCAACUUCUUAGUUGAAGUCAAAUAUUUUCACUACUGACUUCUGAGAUUGACGUCCGCUUCUGAAGAAGCAUCAUCUUCUAAUAUCCAAACACGCUUCAAGUACCUCUUUAUUGUUUUUUGCUCUGUUCUCGUCAGUUGGACGGCCUUUUUUCAUCCUAGAAUGAUUCUUCUCUAGUUAUUAGAAUGAUAAUGUUUCAUCUCCGAUUUGUCAUACAGGGCGUUAAAGGGUAUUAGUCUUUUGCAAUUUAAGUUGUUUGCUUAAUCUUUUUCAAGUUCUCUAAUUGAUUGUUCUCUAGUUCUCAAAGUCAUACUAUUCCUCCAGUUUUGUAUUACACAAUUUUGUUUCUUCUCCAUCGAGUAUGGCGUUUUCUGCAAAAAACACAAAUCCUGAUUAAUGACCUGGUUGGGAAAAUGUACU